CUGGACAAUACAAAAAUGGACAGGAAACUACACAAACAGAAGACUAUAACUGGAACUCUGGUGUUUUCCGUGUGUACGGCGGUACUGUGCUCCCUGCAGUUUGGAUAUGGAAUUGGUGUAAUCAACGCUCCUCAAAAGGUCAUUGAAACUCACUAUGCUCGGGUGUUAGAGGUAAAGAUGCCAGACAUUAAUGUAAAUGGGACAGCUGAUGAGCCUGUACCAUCGUCUGUGACCAUGUUCUGGUCCCUCUCGGUGUCCAUAUUUUCAAUUGGUGGCAUGGUGUCGUCGUUUUUUGUUGGAUGGAUAGCAGAUAAACUUGGCAGGAUCAGAGCUAUGAUGGUGGUAAACAUUUUGGCAAUAGUUGGAUCUCUCCUCAUGGGCUUGGCACCAUUGGGACAGGCACAUGCUCUUGUUAUUGCUGGGAGAUUGAUUACAGGAUUCUACUGUGGUCUGGCAUCAGGACUAGUUCCAAUAUACGUUGGAGAGAUCUCUCCCACUGCAUUAAGAGGAGCUCUGGGAACUAUGCACCAACUUGCUAUCGUUACAGGAAUCCUUAUAAGUCAGGUUAUUGGACUAGACUUUAUCCUGGGCAGUAAGGAUUUAUGGCCGGUGUUACUUGGUAUUUCGGGGGUCCCUGCGAUUAUUCAGACAAUCCUACUCUUCUUUUGCCCAGAAAGUCCCAGAUAUCUUUAUAUCAACCUUGGCAAGGAGGAAGCUGCAAAACAGAAUCUGAAAAGGCUGAGAGGGGAAUUUUAUGACCCAACAAAGGAUAUUGAGGAGAUGAAAAAGGAGAAGGAAGAAGCUGCAAGUGAAAAAAAGGUCUCCAUCUUACAGCUGAUUAAGUCUCCAAAUUACAGACAACCUCUUAUAGUUUCCCUUGUUCUCCACAUUUCUCAGCAAUUUUCUGGAAUUAACGGGAUAUUUUACUACUCCACAAGCAUUUUCACAAAGGCUGGGAUUUCACAACCAGUAUAUGCAACAAUCGGAGUCGGUGUGGUUAACACAAUCUUCACUGUGGUUUCGGUUUUCCUUGUUGAACGAGCUGGGAGAAGAUCUCUUUACCUUGUUGGAUUGGCAGGCAUGUGCAUAUGUGCUAUCAUCAUGACGAUUGCUCUGGCUUUGCUGAGUCAGCAUGCUUGGAUGAGUUAUCUCAGUAUGGUUGCCAUCUUCCUGUUUGUGGUUUUCUUUGAAGUUGGUCCUGGACCCAUCCCUUGGUUCAUUGUUGCGGAGUUGUUUAGCCAAGGUCCUCGGCCUGCAGCUAUGGCUCUCUCUGGGUGCUGUAACUGGACCUGUAACUUUAUCAUUGGAAUGUGCUUCCAGUAUAUUGCAGAUGCUUGUGGACCCUAUGUGUUCAUCAUUUUUGCAGUUUUGCUUUUUGGCUUCACUGUAUUCACAUACCUGAAAGUCCCAGAGACCAAGGGAAAAUCAUUUGAGGAAAUAACUGCAGAAUUCCGUAAAAAGAAGAUUGCAACACGCAAAGGACUUAAAUCCACUGAAAUGGAAUAUCUGGGAACAAGUACCGAUGCCUGAAUUUUAAAAGUCCCGGACAUUUCUGGGGAAAUGUAACUUUUUUUUAUACUUCAGGAUUUUUUUAAGAUGCAGGGUAAAAACAGACCACUACAAGAUUAUUUAUAAAUACCUAUUUUUUAUAUUACUAUUCUUAAAGAGUGCAGAACUUAGAGACUCAAUGGGUUCUUGUUAACUUGAGAUUUAACAGUGAAAGGUGGGACAGUUCUAAAAUACAGGUGAGCAGUAACACUAGAUGUAGUUUUGGUUUAAACGGUUGACAGGAAAUAAAAGAGACUUUUAUGUAAGACACGGCAUAGGAGUGCCAUGGUAUAGAACAUAGCAUAAUCGCCAUUCAUAUUUACAAGUUUAUUAGUCUGAAGUGCAUCCACACAGGAAGCUGUAUAACUAUUAAACACAAAUCUCAGUGAGUAAUCAGACUGACUCUGAUAACCAGAGCUGAAUAUAUAAGAAAAAAUGGUUGUGCAACAUCUUAGAUUGUUACAAUUGUUUAAAUUAUUAUUUUUUUCUUUUUUCUAAGACCCCCUUUGACACGUACUUUUUAUUCAGAAUGCCUCGUUGACUAAUAACCCACUUUUAUAUACCACUUUUAUAAAUCUAACAUAGUAGGGUAUAUUUCCUCGUUAUAUAUCCUAAACUGGAUACAAAGUUGGAAAUUCAUGCAUUAACAUUUUACUUAUCAAUUGUUCCUUGAUUCCAGUAUACCGCAUGUUAAGUUAUUUACACCAGAUCUCAAAUUAACAGACAAGUAUCCUUAAAACAGAAUUUGUGUUAAAAUCUCAUGUGAAAGAAAAUGUAGUAACGCACAAUGUGGGAGAUUUUUGAAAAUGUUAUGUUUUAAAGACUAAUGCAAAAAAGAGUCACCAGUGGAAUGGGCCUGAUUGCUCCACUGGUUUCCAUGGUGAUUGCCAAACAUUCAGUACUUUACAAAAUUUUUUAGAACAAAACACUUUGAUAAAUCUCCCCAUUGUUUCUUUGGAAAGCUGCAUUCUAUAUUUAUACAUUGUGCAGAGCAGACAACGCACAAUCAAGGGGCUGUAAUUCAUGUUGUUGUUUGCUUCUCUAUGCCAAGAUUAUGGCUGCCAGAUCAACAACUUGAUCAGGGGAACCCUAUAAAAGGUCACUGUAUGGUUACAGGAAUACUCAAAGUACCAUAACCACUACAGCAUGCUGGGUGCUGUUCCCGACCUCUACUACAGCUGACAGAGAGACAGAAGCACUCUGUUUGAACUAUGCCCAGCAAUGCGGGACUAAGCUCUUUGGCUGAGAUUCAUCAGCUGACACUCUCAGCCAAUAAGCUGGCCAUGUGGUUAAGCAGAAGAUUCUGGCUCUCGGUGGGGAAUGGCAUUUGGCAGAUCCUGAAUAACUAGUCAAAUUGUUCUAAACCAUUCAGUCUGCUGUAUUGGUUAUAGUGUUGAAGUGUUAUCUUAAUCCUGCUUUGUUCAUUGCAGUAUGAAUUGUUUGGAAUUCCAAGUGAAUUUAAAAAUUUUGCGGGAUAAAUUAUUUGACUAGUUUGCCCUAAACUUUUAUAUAUUUACACGUUAUCAGUCUAAUAAACACUCUGCAUUUCAGCUAUCAGAUAAACUAUAUGUGUCCAUUCCUAAAAUAGUUACCCACAUCAAUUGCAGACUACUUUCUAUGAACACCGUUCCCAAUUAAUUAAGAAUAAUAAAAGCUUUACCCAAGUAAAACAGUACCCAAAACUCAGUGUGAAUUUCAGAUUUAAGGACUAAAUAGCCCAAUUGGGAAAAUUCUCCUAGUCAGACAUUAUUCCAGUUUGGCUCUUUCGGCCCUAAAUUUUAAAUUCACUUUGCGUUCACUUUGAAUUCCUGACAAUCCUCACGUUAGUAAAUAACUCUAUAAAUGUUGUAUCUAUAAUGCCUGUGAAAGAUUAUACGUUGCAGAGCAAAUCACAGUUUAGUGAAUUAUCCCCAAAGUAUCACAAAGCAUCUGCAUUGUUAAAGCACAUUUUACAUUGGCGUUCCACAUACGUAUCCUUUAACAAAUUGUACCAACCAGCAAUUUCUGCUUUAGAUUACCUACAGAAUUGGCACCCCAAAUAGAGAGCUGCUAAACCACUUUGAUGCUGUAAUAAUUUAUAGCUCCAGCUAUUACUGGCUGAGGCAUGGAGCUAUCUAACAUAACUGCACCAGUAUCAUGGAUGAUACCAUUUUUUUGUGUGCUUGAUCAACUGGUGUCUAGGUGGUUGUUUACAAUUAUAUACCUGUCUGUUACAACAUUUUAUUUAUUCUGUGUAUUUUUUUUUUUUUUUUACUUAGGAUAUUUUUUUUUCAUUAUAACAGAAAAGGGGUGAAUAUUAGGCAUUUAGUCGUGAAAACUUCCAAAAUGUUAUUUUAAUAGACUUUACCAUAAUAAUCUGAAAAUGAGAUUCCUGUCACUCACUCAGUGCUUUAUUUGUAUUUGUUUGGGGCAGAGAUGUAAAAUGUGGGUUAAACUGUGUGACUGCUACAUUUUUAUUUCAUUGUAAUUGCAUCACAAUAGCCAUGACCCAUAAGGUUAUGUCAAAAGCCAGGGACAGCUCUCUUUGUGCAAAGUGUGCACAGGCCUCCAGAUCGAUCUUCCAACAGAGAAACAACCUGAAAACAUUGCAAUUAAAAUUUUUAUGGCAUGUUUUUGGAACUCUCAUACAUAGAAUGACCAUAAGCCAUCACCCUUGGCCUCCUUUCUUUAUUGAUGUAUAUUGCUGGUCUGGCCCAGAACAAACAAUAAAAAUACCUCAACAAGAGGAAAACAUAUCUAUGGAAUUUCAUUGUUUAAUCAUUUAUUUCCAUCUUGUCACCAUCACAUAUUAGAACGUUAGUAUUAACUUACUAGGAAAUUACUUAUGUGUGUUAAAGUAACAUAAGGAUUACAAUUACCCUUAAUUACUUUUUAUA